AUGGCAGAAGAAUUAGUUCUACCUUCGAUUGACACAAAUUCGCUCCUCUACGUUCAUCCAUCUAAUACACCAAGGUUAGUAUUAGUGUCAAAACAACUCACAGGAACAGAAAAUUACGGUAUUUGGAGCAGAGCUAGGACUGUUUCCUUAUGUGCCAAAAACAAGCUAGGUUUUGUUACUGGAACUUACACAAAAUCUUUAGUACAUGCUCGUUUAGCUCCACAGUGGGAAAGGUGCAACUCCUUGGUUCUUAUCGGGAUUUUUAAUUCAGUCUCUAGAGAAAUAUUCAACGAGAUUGUGUAUUCAACCAAUGCUUCACAAGGAACCAACACUGUGGCAAUUUAUUUUAACAAGCUUAAGUCGUUAUGGGACGGAUUGGAUUCUUUGGUAAGCCUUCCUGCUCCAGAUAGUGCUUCUACAAAGACAUAUCUUGAACACCUUAAUCAACAAAAGUUAGUAGAAUUUUUGAUGGGUUUGAAUGAGUCUUACUCUAUGGUCAAAAGCCAAAUUCUGUUGAUGAAUCCCCUGCCGAGUGUGAAACAAGCAUAUUCUGUAGUGAAUCAAGAUGAGAGCCAAAGGAUUCUAGCUGGAUUGAAUAAUAAUGCAGAUGAUACAGUUGCAUCAAUGACAGAUGCAAAGUCUCCUAAUAUUCCAGUUGGACCUGUUUUCACAUCGGAGCUAUACAAUCAAAUUCUGGAGCUGCUAGGAAAAGAGAAUGUAACCUCCACAAAUCAUUCAGUUGCAAACCUUGCAGGGUUACUUGAUGGUACUAAGACUCAUAUUGCACAUGUAGGUUAUGCAAUUUUGGACAAUGGCAUGCAUCUCUCAAAAGUUUUGCAUAUACCAACUUUUAGACACAAUUUGCUUUUAGUCUCCAAAUUUACAGUUUCUAAUAACUAUGUUUGGGGUCCAUAUAGGAUUCCAACACAUGGAAAUGCUAGGUAUUUCCUUACUUUGGUUGAUGAUUAUUCAAGAGUAACUUGUAAAGGUAUUGUCCAUCAAAGCUCAUGUGCUUAUUCCCCUCAACAAAAUGAAGUUGUUGAGAGGAAACAUAGACACAUCAUUACAGUAGCUAGGGCUUUGAAAUUCCAGUCCAAUAUACCAAAUCAUUUGUGGGGAUAUUGUGCGCAAACAGUAGUUUACCUUAUAAAUAGGUUUCCUUCAUUAGUUCUCAAAGGUAUAUCACCUUUUGAAAGAUUUUUUGGUCACCCUCCUUCAUUGGAUGACAUCAAGGUUUUUGGUUGUUUAGCUUAUGCUACCAUUCUCACCCCUAAGGACAAAUUGUCACCUAGAUCUACCCCUUGUGUCUUUUUGGGUUAUUCUUUGACUCAAAAAGGAUACUUUCUUUAUGAUCUUUCUUCUCAUAAAGUUUUUGUCACUAGAGAUGUUCUUUUUCAUGAGGCCAUUUUUCCUUUUACUUGGACUACAUCUCGACAAUCACCUUUUCCCUUUGAUCCCGAAUUUUUGGAUAUAAAGUUGCCUUCUACAAUUAUAGCCCUUACUGUCCCUUCAUCAACUGAUUUAUUGCCUGUUGUCCGGAAUGCAGAACCUACAGGACCUCCCUCUCCAUCUAUUAAUUCAUCUCCACCUCAACCUAUCAUUCCUCUUAGGAAAUCCAGUAAAACCAAAAGGCCCCCUAUCUGGACAUCAGAUUUUGUUUGUCCAUCUAUUUCUCUUUCCACUUCAACUUCAGCCAAUUGA